AAUUUGAAAAAAAAAUAUGUGGCUAGAACUGAAUUAUGAAAGUAAAUUACCUAGGUUAAAAAAAAACAAACUAAUUUUGAGGUUUUCAUUUACCCUAGCUAGAACUGAAGCAUUUCACAGAACUCAGAAGUAAUCUUGUUCCUUGAACCUUUAGCCUCUCGUUUUGCAAAUUAUCUUGUGAAUAAGACAUGCUCCUUUGGACACCAACCACAUAAAACACACAACCUUGUAGAAGAAUUGGAACUUACAAAUAGAUCUUUCUUGUUCCUUGGUAAGCACUAAAUCUUUCUUCCAUUAUUUUUCCCUUUCCAAUAACAGAUCUGUAUAAUCCCCUGGAUUCAUGAAGUAUUUAUGGAAGUUAUUCUUGCUUUAAAGACUGCGAUUCAUUGGUUUUACGAGGAGUUGGAUGAUUAUUGUCUGUGUGCUACGUGCAGAUAAUUUGGUGAUAACAUACCUUUGUUGUUCUUGUUUAUUUUCUGCAGAUUCCCAUUGGCACUGUAUGAUGCCACCUGAGAGAAGAAAGAGUGGUCGUCACAGGUCAUCUAUUGAUCGACUAAGCAACCUUCCAAAGAAUGUUAUCAAUUCCAUCCUGAUGCGUUUGCCUUUGCAAGAUGCUUUAAUGACAAGCAUCUUAUCGAAGAAAUGGAGGUAUAAAUGGUGCAGCCUUCCACAGUUGACACUUGAUGAUGAACUUUGGGAGGAGACACGUGCCUUACUAUCCCCUUCUAUUAAGUUUACAAAAAUUCUGUACCAGAUUUUGACCCUUCAUUCAGGACCACUUACUAAGUUUACCCUCUCCAUUUCUGCACUGAGAAAAUAUCUUAAGAUUAACAGUUUGAUAUAUUUCCUCUCUAGGAAUGACAUUCAGGAUCUUGUUCUUAAAUUUUCGGAGUGGAACCGAUACAGAUUGCCACCUUCAUUUUUCGCGUGUUCUCAGUUGAGGCAUUUGACUCUCCAAAAUUGUGUAAUAUGCCCUCCACCAGCCUUCAAAGGAUUUGAUAUGUUAAAUAGCCUGAAUCUGUGUGACGUGACUAUUUCUUCCAAACUACUAGAAAGUUUAAUCUCUUGUAGCCCCUUGCUAGAGAAGUUGGUGUUGAAAAUUUCAGAUACUGCAGACCACCUUCAAAUAAACGCUCCCAAUUUGAGAUCCUUUGACUUCACAGGCUGCAUAAAAUAUAUUUCUUUAAGGAGUGUUCCUCUUCUUUCUAAACUUUCUCUUCCGCACCAAAAAUCUAUUGAGGAAUCAGAAAAAUGUGAUUUUGACAAAUUUUUUCAGUUACUUUCUGCUCUUGAGCAUCUCUACUUGGCAAAUGGAAGUGACCAGUUCUUGGUUACAACUGCAGCUGAAAUCCCAAGAAGACUUUCCUCUCCUCUUAACUAUCUUAAACGUUUUAACAUAACUCUGCGUGGAUUAGCUGAUUUUUUCGUUGCUCUUUGCUUGAUACAAAGCUCCCCAUACAUACAAGAUAUUGAAAUGGAGGUAUAUUGCUUGAGGUAUUAUAUAUUAGAAAAACUUGAGGCUUCUAAUGAAGUUGAUGAAGUUCUCGCAAGUUUUUCAGAUGUGACAUUGAAUCACCUUAGGACAGUUCAGCUUGGAGGAGUAGAAGGCAUAAAGGUCGAAUUGCAGCUUAUCAAGCUUCUAUUGACCAAAUCUCCGAUGCUGGUGAGAAUGCUAAUUGAUCCAUCGCGUGGUGAUAACUAUGAUGCAAGAAGAGACAAGAUAAUAGCAGCAACAACAAUUCAGCGGGCAUCAAGUAAAGCUAAUGUGGUUGUAUCUGAUGCAUAUGAAGAUUAUCGAGACAUGACUCCCUAGUAUCUGCUUGAUUUUUGCCAGAUCGAUAAGAAGAAUUGAAAUUCAAAAUUCUUGUUUGUAAUCAUUACAGUGCUAAGGGUAUACGCUUCAUUCCUUUUUCUUGAACGAUCUAUGAAAUGAAACCUGGAUAUGAAUCUACACUAUGGUGCUUUAUUUUCAAAGAACUGUGAUUAAAUGUGAUAUCCUUUAGGCAUUUACCAUAACAA